UUUAUAAUUAACUUUUGUUGUCAUUUAAACUUUUAUCAAUUAUUUAAACCUUUAUAUUUAAACCUGUAUAUUUAAACUCGUUGAAGUCCUUUUAAACAUAAGUAGAUACAUUUCCAAUAGGUUUAUAAAAGGCAAGUUUGUGUUUAUUGAAUUAUUAAUCUAUCUUUAAUUAUCCGGAGAGGUUUAAGGCAUGUUAUGACACAUUAUAUGUCAACAAAUCGUUUAACAAUGGAAUAUUAUCUUUCCAAACCGAAGCUUAAACUUUAAUAUAACUAAAUAUCGUGGACAUUUCUGUACAUGACACGCUUUGAAGAUAAAUAUUUGCACAGGACAGUCAGAACAUUUGAAGAGGAGAAAAAUGCAGAACUUUUGCACCGAGAUGAUAGGUGGUCUACGGAUAAGAUUUCGAAGACUGGUGAAUGAUGUAUUAUUUCUGGACAGAUUUUCACAGUCUUGCUUUAUAAUUGGUCUUGUAGGAAUAGCUAUGUUUGGCAUUCUCUUCGCUAUACCUCAUCUUUACACAGACUUCGGUGAUACCGCCGUUCUUAUUGCACGUGCUUUUGGACUUUUUGUUGCAUUUCAAAUGUUCAUUAAUUGGUUGUGCAUGAAAUUUAUAGACAAUAGAUACGAUCCAGACCGUCAUGGUACCUUACCGGAGGGCAUACAAAUGGGUCAGAAUAUCAGUAGAUUGCCUGCAAGUGUUCCGGAAAGUAAACCAGUGAAUGAAAACAAACGUAAAACGAAUGGUUUAAAUCAAAGAAAGUCAGGGAGCGUGAUGUACGUGGCUACAGAAAUGCCAAAGACUGCCGACGAUCUUCCCAAAAGGACUGCUUAUCCGUAUUUUUCGUGGACGCCGUGUUUACGAUGUAAUAGGCCACGCCCACCACGGUGUCAUCAUUGUCCCCAGUGUAAUAUAUGUGUUUUGAAACGUGAUCACCAUUGCCACUUUGCAGGUUCGUGUAUUGGAUAUAGAAAUCUCAGACAUUUUUCAGUGUUUUUAUUUUGGGCAACAGUUGCCACUAUAUUUUCAACUGUGCACGCACUCCCGUACUAUUAUUAUCACGUGAUACAAAACACGAGUUUCUUUGACGUGCUAUUUCCGGUGGCUAUUGCAAGAUAUUUACUCGGAUACAUAUGUUUAAGAUACGCGUUAUUCGUUACGCUUUCUUGGAUUCUAAUAACAUUUUUGUACUGGGCUACUUCUUUUCUGAAAAUAGUUGUUAAUUUGAUAAUGUUAGGUAAAACGACUUUCGAAGCAGAUAACAAGAUGGAGUUAACGGACAGACGAAAUCUGAACGAUAAGUUAAGAUCAGUUUACGGCAAAUAUUGGAUAUUAAACUUCAUAAUUCCUCUACAAUUUCUAUAUGAACCUGAUGACGAUCCAAUAAACUGGCCAUUUGUAAAGGCGUAACCUCAAUAAAAGAUUUCAGCGAGCCCGUAAAACGAGUAUUACGGUAACGCAAGUAGUGUGCCCGGCAGUAUGUUUCUAGGAUCGGAAAUUGUGAGAUCACAAAAUUGACUGGUACAAAAUGUAAACCUAAUUCAGGUUUGUUCAAGUUUCAUGAAAGGAGUUCGAUUACCCGAAAAGGAUUCUUCGUGAGUCCUUAAUCUCUGAAUAUUUUUCUUGAUUUUGCAUAAUAACGACAUACA